CCUAUACACACUCUGUGACCUGUCCCACCACAAAGACUCAGUCUUUUUCUCUCUCUCUAGUUCUUGCAUAUUAAAAAACCAAUCUUUUCUACUUCCUCUAAAAACCCUAAUCAACAAAUCUAAAAAAUCCCAAAUUAAGAGGAAAAGUUAUGACAACCCACGUCAAAUCUUCCUCCCCCUUACCUUGUUUCCGUUCAUCCACCACCUCCGCCGUCUCCGGCGACCACCGCUCCGCCGCCGCCGCCCAUAACCUCUCAACAUCCGUUUACAAAACCUCUAAUGGUCUCUUCGCCCUCACCUGGUGUCGCAAUCUCCUCCGCCGUUCUUUCCAUCUCUAUAUCCUCCUAGACGCAGACGCCGGCGAUCUAUCAUCUUCUUCUUCUCCAUCUUUCUCACUUAAUCUCAAACCAUUCAUUUUCUGGAACAGAACUGGAUCCAGAAAGUUGAAUCUGAAUCUGAAUCUACCCAAUUCCAGUUCCAAAUCCAAAUGGGUUCAGAUCUUUUGGGAUUUUUCUAAGGUUAAAUUCGGUUUACAGCCUGAACCCGAUUCAGGAUUCUACAUCGCCGUUGUUGUAGAUGGGUCAAUGGUUCUUCUCGCCGGAGACUCGCCGGCGGAAGCUUUUUCAAAGACUAAGUCAACUAAGUCAAUUAAGUCACAAUCGGUUGUUCUUCGAAGGGAGCAUUUCAAUGGGAAUAAAUUAUACAAAACAAAAGCCCAAUUUGGAAAUAGAAUUCGAGAAAUCUCUGUACUUUGUAGAACAGGAGAUGAUUCGAGAUUGUAUUUUAGUGUGGAUGAUAAAAGGGUGUUGCAAAUCAAGCAUUUGAAGUGGAAAUUCAGGGGAAAUGAGAGAAUUGAAAUUGAUGGUGUUUAUGUUCAGAUCUCUUGGGAUGUUUAUAAUUGGUUGUUUGAAGAAGAUAAUGAAGAUGGGUAUGGUCUUUUCAUGUUUAGAUUUGAAAACCUUGGAUUAUUUGAAGAUGAUCAUGAAGAAGUGAUGAACAAGAAUGGUUUCUCAUUUGGGUCACAACAAUCUUGUGGAUUUGGGUUUGAGAAGAUGAAGAUGAGGAAGAGUUUGAUGAAAUCUUCUGAAAAGGGUUCUUCUUCUUCUUCACUUUCAUCGGGUUCUUCAAGUUGUAGUUCGGUUAUGGAGUGGGCAACCAUGGAGGAGAAUGAGCUUAAGGGACCUUCUUCUGGUUUUUCUCUUCUUUUGUAUGCUUGGAAAAGUUGAGGGGCUAAUUUUUAAUUUUUUUUUUCUAUUGGAUGAGUAUUAGGUUUUGUUUGAUAUUUAUUACUCCGGUUCUUCAAUCGAUUUAUCACAUUGUAUUGAUUUGUUUGAGGUAAACCUAUUUGUUAUUGAACAUACCUUAUGUAAGAUGAGAAUAGUUGAUGAAUUAUUCAAGAUAUCAUAUCUUCUAUUUUGAA